AUGGAGGCCUGCCGAGGGGUGCUGGUGGCCUGGGCUGUUAGCCUCCUGACAGGAUGCUGUCACGCCUUCAACAUCGAUACAAAGAGGGCAAGAAUUAUCCCAGGCUCCAGAGAAGCAUACUUCGGCUACACAGUUCAACAGCAUGAAAUCAGUGGGAAGAAAUGGCUAGUGGUAGGAGCUCCAUAUGAGAUCAAUGGGCCCCAGAAAACAGGAGAUGUCUACAAGUGUUCAGUGAACGGCAAGGCCAACAGCACAUGUUCCAAGCUCAAUCUAGGAAGAGUAACUCUUUCCAAUGUGUCGGAACGAAAGGAUAACAUGCGCCUGGGUCUCAGCCUAACUACCAACCCCAAAGACAACAGCUUUUUGGCUUGCAGCCCUCUGUGGUCUCAUGAGUGCGGAAGUUCCUAUUACACCACAGGCAUGUGCUCCAGAGUGAACUCCAACUUCAGAUACUCCAAGUCAGUGGCUCCAGCUCUCCAGAGAUGCCAGACAUACAUGGAUAUAAUUAUAGUCCUGGAUGGAUCUAACAGCAUCUACCCCUGGGCAGAAGUUCAAAAUUUCCUGAUAAGAAUCUUGAAGAAAUUUUACAUUGGACCGGGACAAAUACAGGUUGGAGUUGUCCAAUAUGGAGAGGAUGCUGUCCAUGAAUUUCACCUGAAUGAUUAUAGAUCUGUAAAGGAUGUGGUAGAAGCUGCCAAACACAUCGAGCAGAGAGGCGGUACUGAAACCCGAACAGCCUUUGGAAUAGAGUUUGCUCGCUCAGAAGCAUUUCAGAAAGGAGGGCGGAAGGGUGCAAAGAAGGUUAUGAUUGUUAUCACUGAUGGAGAGUCUCACGACAGCCCAGAUCUUGAGAAGGCAAUUGAAGGCAGCGAGAAAGACAAUGUCACCAGAUACGCCGUUGCAGUCCUUGGUUAUUACAACAGAAGAGGGAUCAACCCUGCAACCUUUUUGAAAGAAAUCAAAUAUAUAGCGAGUGACCCAGACGAAAAACAUUUCUUUAAUGUCAGUGAUGAGGCUGCCCUUAAAGAUAUUGUGGAUGCUCUUGGAGAGAGGAUUUUCAGCUUAGAAGGCACCAACAAAAAUGAAAUAUCCUUUGGCCUGGAAAUGUCCCAGACUGGAUUUUCAUCCCAUAUUGUGGAAGAUGGGAUUCUGCUUGGAGCCGUGGGGGCCUAUGACUGGAAUGGUGCCGUCCUCAAGGAGACCAGCAGUGGCAAAGUUGUUCCUCACCGAGAAUCCUACCUUCAAGAGUUUCCAGAUGAACUGAAAAAUCAUGGGGCCUAUCUUGGCUACACCGUCACCUCGGUGGUGUCCACCAGACUCAGCAGGAUUUAUGUAGCAGGAGCCCCUCGAUUCAACCAUACUGGAAAAGUGAUUGUUUUCACAAUGCACACAAAUCGAAGCCUCACCAUCCACCAGUCACUGACCGGAGAGCAGAUCGGUGCCUACUUUGGAAGUGAAAUCAGUUCAAUAGAUGUUGAUGGGAACGGAAUCACAGACAUUCUGUUGGUCGGGGCUCCCAUGUAUUUCAGUGAAGGGCGAGAGAGGGGAAAGGUCUACAUCUACAGCUUAAAAGAGAACCAGUUUGUUCCCAAUGGAGCCUUGAAGGACUUGCCUGGCUAUCAGAAUUCCAGGUUCGGGUCCUGCAUUGCCACUGUAGCUGACUUGAACCAGGAUUCCUACAGCGAUGUAGUUGUGGGAGCACCUCUGGAGGAUGAGCAUCAGGGAGCUCUGUACAUCUUCCAUGGGUAUCGGGAAAAUCUGAUCCGGAGAUAUAAGCAGAGAAUUGCAGCUGCUGAUCUUUCUCCUGGCUUUAUGUAUUUUGGGAGCAGCAUCCAUGGAAGCCUGGAUAUGAAUGAAGACAAGCUGGUGGAUCUUGCUGUGGGCUCCCGUGGAAGUGCUGUCCUAUUAUGGUCCCGCAGUGUGGUCCAAAUCAAUGCCACCCUCCAGUUUGAGCCUUCCAAAAUCAACAUCUUCACCAAGGACUGUGUUCGGAAUGGAAAAGAGGCCACUUGUCUGUCAACCUUUGUUUGCCUGACUGCCGUUUUUCUCUCAGCUCAUUUUCAGACAGCUCAUGUAGCAUUGGAUUACAACCUCACCAUUGAUGAACGACGAUAUAUCCCACGAGCCCACCUGGAUGAAAAUGGAGAUCGACUUGCCCACAAGACAGCCACCCUGCUUGCUGGGCAGGAACAUUGUGACAAGAUGGAUUUUCAUGUCUUGGAUACAGCUGAUUAUGUGAAGCCGGUGACUUUCUCUGUCGAUUAUGCCCUAAAUAGUCCUGAGACUGGACCAGUGAUGGAUGAUGGGUGGCCAACUUCACUGAAAGUUGCUGUACCAUUCUGGAACGGAUGCAACGAAGACGAGCACUGCAUCCCUAAUUUGGUUCUCGAUGCUAAAACAGAUGUCCCCACUGCAAUGGAAUAUUGCAGACGGGUCCUGAGAAAAUCUCACUCGGAUUGCUCCGCCUACACGCUGUCUUUUGAUACCUCCAUUUUUGUCAUAGAGAGUGCCAGGAGGAGGGUAGCAGUAGAAGCCCUGCUGGAGAACAGAGGAGAAAAUGCAUAUAACACCAUUCUAAACAUUUCCUUCUCAAGAAACCUGCAAUUCGCAAGCUUGAUUAAGAAGGAUGACCCAGACAUUAAUAUAGAAUGCCUGUUUGAGGAGAAACAUUCAAACAGCAGAGUUUGCAAUGUCAGCUACCCCUUCUUCCGGGCCAAAGCAAAGGUUGCUUUUCGCUUGGAUUUUGAGUUCAAAAAGUCAAUUUUCCUCCAAAACCUGGAGAUAUUUUUGAAUGCCAGCAGUGACAGUGAAGAACAAGAAAGCACGAAAGAGGACAAUUCUGCUCUCCUCAAGUUUCAGCUGAAAUAUGAAACUGAUCUCCUUUUCACCAGGGGUUCCAGCCAGAACUAUUAUGAGAUCGAACCCAACAAUUCUCUACAGACAUACGAUAGAAUCGGCCCACCAUUUAAUUGCACUUUUAAGCUACAAAAUCUGGGCCUCUUCCCUGUAGAUGGGAUAGUUAUCAAAAUCACAGUCCCAGUGGCCACACGAGGAGGGAAUCGCCUUCUGCAGCUAACAGGCUUCCAUGGACCAGAGAAUGGUAUGAUGUGCAAUAUUGGAGGCAAUGACACAGACUAUCGAAGGACACCCUCGGAUGAGGAUUUAGGCCGUCAUCCCCAGCUGAAUUACAGUAAUUCUGAUGUGAUUUCAAUCGACUGCAGUGUGAAUCUGGCUGCCAAUGAAGAAGUCAGCUUUCUCUUAUAUGGAAAUUUGUGGAUGAGGACCCUAAGAGUGCUGAAAUUCAAGACCUUGAGAUUCAUCUUCAAUGCUGCCUUGCAGAGAGGGUUUCGUAGUGCCUUUGUCUUCAGAGAAGAGGAUCCUAGUCGCCAGAUUGCAUUUGAGAUCUCCAAGGUCGAGGAGUCCCACAUCCCCAUCUGGAUUAUAAUUGGGAGCACGUUAGGUGGUUUCCUGCUGCUGGCAUUGCUAGUGCUGGCCCUCUGGAAGCUUGGUUUUUUUCAAAGCGCUACCCACAAGAGAGAUGCAAGCCAGGAUCAGACUACCAAAGAUUUGGACUAAGGCUUCCAUUGUCCUGAGCAUAUCAGCUGGUCUUUUUUCUCACAAACAAGUUUACUUUGCCGUAUAGCCAGCUUCCUUUUGCAUUGACCAGUUUCCCAGUUACCUGAAAGCCACCCAGCUGCUAAGUGUCACCCUGCAAAGGAGAGGCCUCCACCAGCAGGGACUUCAAACUGGUUUUGUUUCCUUCUGCCUAAGACACUGGAACUAUACAAUAAGGACAGGGAGAGAGUAGAUCCACAAGAAGCAGCUUUC